CCCUCUCUCGCCCUGUUUGGUCUUCAGCUCUUUCUCUGCUAAUAGUUGUUGAUAUUACUAAUGGAUUCUCAACCUGUUGAACCCGUCAGCUACAUCUGUGGAGAUUGUGGACAGGAGAAUACCCUAAAGCCCGGUGAUGUGAUACAGUGCCGUGAAUGUGGUUAUCGUAUUCUCUACAAGAAACGAACCCGCAGAAUUGUGCAGUAUGAAGCUCGGUGAUGCUUGAAACCAAUUCUUGAUUAAGAAAGGCAGCGAGUCCUUUUCCUAUGGAAGUACAAAUUUAGCAUGUAAUAGCUAUUAGCAAUGGUAAAAAAAUAUGCUUUUCUCGUGUGGCCAUUUUGUGUUGUAACCUUUCAGCAUGGGCUUUCUUUGUGGGCGCAUUGGCAAGUUCAAUGUAAGCUCACUAUGGUUGAGUAAUGUGGAAAGCUCAAAUUUAAAACAAGAUCUUGUGCAACAUUUGGUAUAUUAAAACCUUCGUAACUUUGCAUUUCCUUGUGAA